AUGAUCAAUAGUAAAGAUAUACUCUUGCAUAAAGAACCAAACACUCUAUUAAACGAGCCGUCGGUCGAUUUCCAUUUGAUUUUAAACCAACAAUUAUUCAACAUCCCGUUCAAUCUCCUAUUGAAGAACGAAUCUAUACUCUACAAUACUCUAGAAUCACACCAAUUACAAAUAAAAUCCAUAUCGCAAGAGAUUUCAAAACUACUGCAAAAAAAGGAAAAACUCCCCUCCACCUUCGACAAACAAGUGGAGAUCACCGCCGUGGAUAAAAUCACCUUGCUAAUCAACACCGUCGAUUCCAUUGAAAAAUCAAUCAAAUCAAUCUAUAAUCAUGAUUUACAACUGAUCCUCACUCUAAAGAAGCGUUACGAGUUUUUCAAUAAUUUGAAACUCGCCAAAGAAACAAGAAAGCAAAACGCCUUGAUAGAUUGGUAUCAAAACUUAACCAAUUUGCUCAUAACAGACUACUUGAUUAGAAAUUCCAACGGAACCCCGACUUCCAACAAAGGUAUCAAGUUUUUCAAUCAAUUGCAUAACGAUCCAAAUAAUAUCAUUUCCACACAUUUGCUAGAUUCAGACAUUCUCAUCACUUCAAAUCAGAUAUCAAAUUCUCUUUUGAUAAACCAUGACUUAUCCUUGCUUAUCAAUUGGAUCGAAACAAAUUCUCAUCCACCUUUAUCCAAAUCGUUUAAAAACUUGAUUUUCCAAUCAAGAUUCCAACAAUUCAUAGAACUCAUCAAGCAAAACGAUAUUUCCAAUGCAAUACAUUGUUAUCAAAUCCAUUUGAUCAACUUCAUCGAUGAUCCAACCCAUUUCAAUAACGUGAAAGCCGCAUCAGGCCUCUUAAUCUUCUACCCCUUUUUAAAAUCUUCGUUAUCCUCUUCUAACGACUCAGCAAUCACCAGCACAACAUAUUUUGAUAGAAUCUUUCAUAAAAAUUUGAAAUCUAAAUCACUUUCUUCUUCUUCUUCUUCUUCUUCUUCCACUAUCUCGAAUUUCCAUAAUUUCAAACUAAAUAAUAACGAUUUAUCCAUCUAUAAACAUCUUUUGCAUGAUAAUCGUUGGCUUCAAUUGAAUGAUUUUUUCUUAUCGGAAUAUUAUUCCAUUUACGGUAUCUCCGUAAACGAUCCCCUUUUGAUUUACUUAUCCCUUGGAAUUUCUUCUUUGAAAACUAAAGAAUGCUUAAUCCAUGGUUCCACUUCCACCUCUACAACACCUUCACAAGUCCAAUCCUAUAUUAAUGAUAAUGUUUUAAAUAAUAAAUGUCCUGUUUGUAAUAAUGAUUUCAAAUCCAUCGCGUCUCAAUUACCUUUUGCUCAUCAUGAUAAUUCUAUUUUAUUCGAUAAUCCAAUAAUGUUACCCAAUGGUAACAUUUUCGAUUCAAAUAAAUUAACUCAAUUGACAUCCCAGUUGAAAAGGCAAAACAUUUAUCAUUUAAAUGAUGAUCAAGUUUUGGAUCCAAUAGAAUUAAAAGUAUUUAAUAAAGAUCAAUUCGUUACAAUGUAUCCUACAUAA